UUAGAGGUGACAAAUUUCGCGAUAAGUAAAAAGACUUAAGUUGGCUUGGCUGCUUGGCUAAUAAACGUCAGCUCACAGCUGAUUUAAAAUAACAAUCAAAUAUAACCUCAUAUUCAAAAAAAAAUUCUGAUGGAAUAAAAUUUAAAAAAAUUUUGUAUUUUUACGAUCCAUUUUUUAGAUUUAUUAAUAUAUUUAAAAUGAAUAAAUAUGUUGAAAUUAUGAAAGUAGGAACACAAUAUGCUAAGCAUAUGGAAUUCUUAAGAAACAGGAUAUUUGUUGAAGUUGCACGCAACACCAAUGAAAAAUCUAUGAAGGUCGUAAGAAUGUUUAGUGAAGAACCAGUUCAGAAGAGGGAAAUGAUUACAAACUGGUAUCCAAGGCAUGUUGAAACAUAUGUGUUAAUGAAAAAACUUAGAGAAUAUGGAUUGUUCAGAGAUGAGCACGAAGAUUUCAAGGAAGAAAUGAAAAGACUCAGGAAACUAAGAGGAAAAUCUGCCCCAAAGAAAGGCGAAGGAAAAAGAUCUAAAAAAUAAAAUAAUUGAAUGUUAGUUUAGUUUUUUAUAGGUGAAUACACAUACAAAUAUGUAAUUAAAAGUA